GCUCAGUAUAAUGGUUUGGGGGCGUGGCUUAGGCGUUACUUAGGUUACGUAAUUAAAGAGAAAACGUGACGACGUUGGGCAACACUGGCUGAUGGUCCAAAUGCCAGAGGAGCCACUGCUGCCUGACGGACGUUUUCCUGAAACCCUGAUGGACCUCCGAGGACAGAAUCAGGAAGUGAACCGUAAAAAAUAACCUAUAAAAGAAGCGAAGAAUGUGAACGAUGUGCUCCGCUGACAGCAACGCGGAGCUGCAACCGACGACGUCCGACCCCGCUCUGCUCCUGGAGCUCAAGACCAGGCGUCCUCCGUCUCUGGUGGACCGGGCAGGAUGCGAGACGUGGAGCGUGGACUUCUCCCCGGACGGAGCCUGGUUCGCCUGGUCGAUGGGUCACGGCAUCGUGUGGGUGGUCGCCUGGCCGCUGGACUCCGAAGAGAACCAGAACGGAGAAACCGACCGAGGAGACAAGAGCUUCAGCUGUGGUCAACCAGUUUGGGGCCUCACGUUCGGCCCAAGACCUCCAAAAUCAGCUGCAGCGGCGCGUCCGGCUAAAACCUCGUCCAAAAGGAACCUGCUUCUGGCCACCGGCCUGCAGAACGGGGUGAUAAAAAUCUGGAAUGUGUUUACAGGUAAUCCUGUGUUUGACCUCCACGGACACGAGGGCGUCGUGAGGAACCUGGUCUUCCCUCCAAAUGGGACACUCACACUCAUAUCAUCAUCUCGGGACAAGACUUUGAGGGUUUGGGAUCUGACUGACAAAGGUAAAAAGGUGCAGGUGCUUCAUGGCCACAAAGACUGGAUCAGCUGCUGCAGCGUGUCGUCCGACUGCAGCAUGAUCGCGUCUGUUGGCAGAUUUGACAGAAUGGUGUGCCUGUGGAGUCUACGGUCGUAUACGUUCAUCAGGAACCUCGUCGGAGGAACACAUUACACCUUCUGCCUCUUAUCUUCCUGCGACUUCUCCCCUGACGGAUCGGUGCUCGCCACCGCCGCCGCCGCCGUCAGCAGCUCCAGCUGGUGGAUCGACCUUUGGGACCCGUACACAGCAGAGAAGCUGGCCACCGUGGUUGACUACUUUGAAGACUUUGUGCUGAACCAAAUAUCAGCAAUACAGUUCUCACCCAACGGCUUGCACCUAUCCAUAGUGACUGACGACAGAGCUCUCAGGAUCUGGGAGCUCGGAGAGAAAGGGAUGGUGAUGCAGACGAAGAGAGACAGAGGCUCCAACGGACUCUGCUGCAACUACCAUCCACAAGGGGGAGUCGUGGCUACAGGGACCAGAGACGGCCACGUGAGGUUCUGGAGGGCCCCCAGGACGAUACCCAGCUUGCGCCACCUGUGCCGAUCCAUCCUGCGCUACUCCGUCUCCACGCACCAGAUCGAGGCGCUGCCCCUCCCCAAAAGGAUCCUCGAGUACCUCACCUACAGAAACCUCCCCGAACGCCUCAACGCCUGGAGCUCCUCUGACGAAGAGGAGUGGGACAGGAACCUCAUAUAGGAAUAUUAAACCUACACUAACAGAAGCACACGGCUGACAUUGCAGUGAGUUCCACUCGUACUAAAAAUGCCUUUUCCAUUCUGAGAUGCUUUCAAAGCUUGUUCGAGCGUAGAAGAGAAUCUUAGAUGCAACCUUCCUACUCUAAGGGUUUGAUUUAUUGCACUACUAGAGUAAUACAAUGCAUAAACUCAUUGCUCACAGGAUUAUCUGACUUGAAUAUCACCAUUUUUUUACUCUUAAUUUAUUGUGUAAAUAUAAAAUGUAUAUGCAUUUCUAAUUCCUGUUUACCAUUAUAAAGCUGCACAACUACUGUAUCUGCACAUGUUAAUAUGAGAUAACAAAAACUGGACUUAUAGGAAAAAAGUUUUAUUAAACAUUAAAACACA